UCAAUCAUUGGGAUCACCACUGCGAUUGUGGGCAAUAUCUUGAUCGCCCUCGCCCUCAACGUCCAGCGCUAUGCCCAUACCCGCCUCCACAGCGAGCGCAAACGAGCUCGCGAGCGCGCCAAGCAGGCCCUCAAGAAUGCAAAGAACGGCGGCGACGACGACAUGCCCAAGGCGCCCUCGACGUACCUCAAGUCGCCGUACUGGUGGCUGGGCCAGAUCCUGAUCACCGUGGGGGAGAUGGGAAAUUUCUUGGCCUACGGCUUUGCGCCCGCGUCAAUCGUCUCGCCGCUGGGUGUGGUGGCCCUCAUCUCGAACUGCGUCAUCGCGCCGAUUUUCUUCAAGGAGAAGUUCAGGAGACGGGAUUUCUGGGGCGUCGUCAUUGCCGUGGGCGGCGCCGUGACAGUCGUCCUGAGCGCCAACACCCAGGAAACGAAGCUCGAGCCUCAUGAUGUGUGGGAGCACAUCACAACCAUGGGGUUCAAGACGUACAUGGCUGUGACAUGUAGCCUGAUCGUUCUCCUCAUGUGGCUGAGCCCAAAAUACGGGAACCGCACCAUUUUGAUCGAUCUUGGCCUUGUCGGCCUAUUUGGCGGCUAUACUGCCCUCUCUACCAAGGGUGUGGCAUCCAUGCUAUCAUCCACAUUAUUAAGAGCGUUCACCACACCGGUCACGUACGUCUUGAUAGCGAUCCUACUCGGAACGGCCAUCAUGCAGAUCCGCUAUGUGAACAAGGCCCUGCAAAGGUUCGACUCGACGCAGGUUAUACCGAUCCAGUUUGUGUCUUUCACGCUGUGCGUGAUUAUCGGAAGUGCUGUCCUCUACCGUGACUUCGAGCGCACUACCCCAGAACGAGCUAUCAAAUUCAUUGGCGGCUGCUUUCUCACCUUUUUUGGCGUGUUCCUCAUCACCAGCGGCCGGCCG